AUGACGAGCGAGGUAUACAAAUACCCCGACCUCUGGGUUUGCCUGUACAAUAACUACGGCUGCGACGAGUGGGAACUCGAGGAAGGGUGUGUGGAUUCUGCGUGGAUGACCGAGGGGGGAGUACCGGACGCGGUGUUCUACCCCAGAGUCAAACUGGACCAGCUACAAGAAACAACGACCGAGGAACUACAAAUCGAAGCUAUCCCUGAAAACACCGACUUUGACAGCGAGGGAAACUACGUGGAGGAUGGGAGAGGCCAGUGCGUGAUUUUCAAGACGUCGUCUGCGACUGCCUUCGUUGGACAAGAACGAGAUCCCCACGAGUACCUGGACUACAUCCAUUUGGAUAUGUACUGGUACCCGGGCGGCAAAUUUGGAAACUCUACGACGUGCGUCGCUGACGGGGUACAGUGGACGGACCACAGGUGA